AUGCUUGAGGGCUACGAUGACCUACAGUAUUUGGGGAGUGGCUCCUUUGGAGUGGUAAACAAGGUGCGGCGUUGGCGCGAUGGAAAGGUCUUUGCAUGUAAGACUAUCGAUCUCCACAACCAAGACCCCGAUUACGCGCGGAGCGAAAUCCAGGUGCUCGAGAACUUGAACCACCAGAAUAUCGUGAGGAUCGAGGACUGGAUUCUAGGCAUGCCGUCCGGGAACCUGUAUAUCUUUAUGGAGUUCUGCGAUGGUGGGGAUCUGCAGAAUAUGAUAGACUCACGACAGCGGAUCACGAACCAUCGGAUCCUGUCAUUCGCACACCAGAUCGCGCUCGCCCUUGCGUACCUGCACAAUCCCGGCAGCGGGAUGGGGGCCACGCUGCAUCGCGACCUCAAGCCUGCGAAUGUGCUCUUGAAGAGGGGACCGCCGGGGUACAUGCCCACGAUCAAGCUUGCGGACUUUGGGGUGGCGCGCACGUUGUACAGUAUAGGCGGGACGUAUUGCGGGACCCCGGGAUACAUGGCGCCUGUGCGUAUGAGGACCUGUUUCUGUGGAGGUAUUAAUGUGCUUUGA